UGUCACUCCCAUUUUCUAAAUUUUUAUUGAAUUUUGGCUUGCACAUCUCAUGUUGAGCGAGAGCAGAAAUACGGAAGCGGGAAUUGUUUGGUGUUAUUACCCUGGCUCCAUGGAGACCCGGAGAUAGACUGAAGCCUGACUAGUAACAAGCUAGUGUGAACUUGUGUAAGGUGUCUAAGCGUCCUCUUCUUCGAUCGGCGCCAGCCAGUGGCCAGCGGCCAGUUUGUGCCGUGGGGAAGGUUUCCCCUAAACGAAGGACUUAAGUUUAUCGCGGUAGUUCCGCAUAUCACUCUACUGUCGCAAAUCAAAACACGUGAUUUCCCAUGACACCACAUCAUGGAUCCAAUCGUAUUGAGUUUUCAUGACUCAAUUAUUAGGCAGAGCGAUGUGGAUAUUUUGGAGGGACCGCACUGGCUGACUGACACCUUAAUUGGUUUCUAUUUCGAGUACCUGUCUAAUGUUGCAUAUAAAGACGAAACUCGUUUGCUGUUUAUUGCUCCAGAAGUGACCCAAUGUUUGAAGGUUAGUCGCUGUCAGGAAUUGGGGGUGUUUCUAGAUCCUCUGCAAGUAGAGAAACGGACUUUUAUUUUCCUUCCUGUGAAUGACUGCACCCAAGUGGAAUCACCAGGAGGUUCUCAUUGGAGCUUACUGGUUUUUUGUAAAAAUGAAGAUAGUUUUUUUCAUUUUGAUUCUUCAUCUGGUUCAAACUACCAACAUGCUAAGCAAUUAGCAAGCAAGCUUAGUAAAUACCUUUCUACUUCAGAGGAAGGAGUGUUUGUGCAGGCUGAAACGCUGCAACAAAAAAAUGGGUACGACUGUGGUAUCCAUGUGCUCUGCAAUGUGGACCUUGUUGCAGAGUUCUGUGCCCGCUACAACAGGGUUGAAGGUUGUGGUGUCUCAAAACAUACUGAAGUGAUUAAAAAACGUGUAGAGGUUCUCAACCUUAUCUUCCAUUUGAAAGAAGAGUCGGAAAAUGAUGCAAAAAGGAAUCCAGGAAAGGAUGAAGGAACAUCAUCAGCAAAGAAGCCAGCUAGUAGUAACAUAGCAGGGUCUUCUAAAUGAAAUAUUAAAUUAUGGAUUACUAGUUGUUGAUUAUAGGAGAUAUUGUAUCAAAGUGUUUAUAUUUUUCUGCAUUAUUAGGACUUCUAAGGAAAAUUGUGAUAUGACUGUUUCUGGAACCAAUAAUGGCUAUUUUAAUUGAAAUGACACAUUGACUUAAAGCACAUACUGUAGUAAUGCUUCUUUUUCUGUGCGCGAUCUUAAGAGAGAUCUCUGGAAAUCUCUGGAGAGAAGUAAAAAAAAAAAAAAACUUUAUAACUACUUAGUAAACUAUACUAACCCAAAUUGAUAAAUGUAAAACAUGUCUUCCUUGCAGAUGUAAGGUAACGUUUCUAAAUGUUGGCAGAGAGACUCUUUACAAUUGUGUAUUUAAGUUGUUCAAGAAGAGGAUCAAGCGAAUUUAUUUAUGUGAUUCUUGUACUUCUGCGCAAGGUUCCUGAUUGUUUCAGAGUGUAGAAAGUAUCAAGUAAAUGUGAUAGUUACUUAUUUUAAAUUAUUGAAUGAUUUGAUUUGAGAACUAAAUGAUUCUAAUUUCAGAAUUUAGGUUUUAAAGUUACUGAUUAAAUUAUGGGCCUUCUAGACAUAAGUAACUGUUGUUGUUAAUAGUUAUAUGAACUGUAAAAUUUCCUCUUAUUCUUUCCUAAUAAUGCUAGUCAAACCCUUACCGUAAUAUCAUGUAUUUAUUUUCGUCAUAUCAUAUAACCACACUCACCAUCACCACUGUCAUCAUUUGUCCUCUUAGAAAGGACGAGAUUUAAUAAACAUUGAUGAAUGAAAGAC